UUGCGGUUCCGCUAGUAUUCAGCAAAACUUGGGCAGACGCACGCGCCGAGAACGUAUAAUACACGCGACCAAGUUCACCGUGUAAUCGCGUUCUGAAGCUGUGAUAUUAAAUAAAAAACACCUAUAUAAUUUAUCAAGUCAGUCUGUGUGUGUGUUUUUUUUAAUAAUUCGUAUGCAAGCAAUGCUGGUGUUUUGUGAAGUGACUUUUUAUUUAUAAAAAAUUAAUAAGAAAACUGUUUUGGAACGGAAGGACGAAAUAAGAUAUAAUUUCCAUGAAUCAACUGCAUAGAAGAAAGGUUUCUCAACUAAGCGGACGAAUGACGAAUUUUCCAACAUAAUUGUUGACCUAAUAUAAUUGAAAAUAUAUCAAAAUGCAGAUGAUACGAUCAUUCUUUAAAAGGAUCCUUGAUGAUCUAAAGCAGAAAAAACUUCUACCUCUCAAGAUAUUGUGCUUUGUGCAUGCCUCUACACACGUUGUCUUAUAUCCAUAUUUAACGAUUCAUAUGAGAGAAUUGGGUAUAAAUGUAGAAGAGACAGCAGUUAUGUCAUCAUUAACACCACUUUUUCUGAUUAUGAUUCCACCACUUGCUGGAUUAUUUGCGGACAAAAUCGGCAAUUUUAGAUUAUUAUUGGCGCUCACAUCAGUGUUGGGAGGUCUAUCAGCAUUGCUGAUGCUGACGGUACCAGUGGGAAGAUUGAUGGUCACCUAUCCAUCUUCUGUCGAGCUUGUAUCGUCAUGCAAUGGCCGAAACCUGCGACUUCAACACGUCAGUCAAUAUUCUUGCCAUCCACUACACCAUUACGCCCAUGAAACUAACCUUACGGUAGAGUCAUGCGGAUUUAUUUGCGAGUUACCUAACGCGUCACUUGAGGAGAUCGAUGCAGCAAUUCGAAGUAAUUUAUACAAUGUAAAUGUGCAGUCCCCGAAACAAUCAACUCGAUUUUUUUACCAAAAUAUUUACAAUUCAUUUUCAAGAGAUUCCAAACCAGUCAAAGACCGAACGAGAAUUCGAAUAUUGAAUAACGAUCCUUACUUUAAUUCUACGAUGAGAAAAGUUACCGACAACAAGAUAUUUUUUCCCGUGCCUCAAUUAUAUAAGAUGGAUUGUAGAUACGAAAUCACGAAUGCAACGUGUACUUUAGGAAAAUCCGAUUUAUUAUCUCAGACAGAAGCUGGUGCGGAAUAUAAAUUUCGUGCUAGAUUAUCGCAUGAUGUAAAAACUGGAAAUAAUGAAGUUUAUGAAUAUCAAGUUAGAUCCAUAUUAAAAGAGAAUGGAAUCAAAUAUGGUGAUGACUUUAAUGGAGUUGAUAGCACUACAUGCAUUGAUAAUUUAAGCCAAACAGAUAAUGUGAAUGAUCUUUCGGUGUGGGUGCAAGUUAAUUCUAAACGAUUGUCAAAAUGUAAAUCUGCCUGUGCGAUGACAGCCCCAAGGACAAGCCUUUGCGAGAACAAUCAAGAGCAAGUUGAAAUCGACCCAGCUCUAACAUUUUGGACUUACAUGGCAGUAUGUAAAAAUAUAUGCACGAUAAUUAUAUUACUGCUUACAGAUCUUGAACUUAAUCCGAACUGGUAUUUGAUUAUCACAGUGUUCAAGAGUUUUGAAAUCUUUGCUCUUCUCAUUGCGUGCGUUGUCAUGGGAACGGCAUGGGGUUAUCUAGAGAGUUUUCUUUUCUGGUUCCUGCAAGAUUUAGGAGCGUCUCAGUCACUCAUGGGUAUCACAAUCACCGUAGGUGGUGUGGCUGGCUUGCCCUUACUAGUCCUGUCCGGUCCCAUCAUCAGAAAGAUUGGUCACUCCAACGUGCUGUUCAUUGGUUUCAUCUUUUACGCCAUCAGACUUUUCGGUUACUCAUUGAUCUACAAUCCGUGGCUGAGUUUGAUAUUCGAGGCCAUGGAGUCGGUGACGUUGUCUCUUUCAUUCACGGCGGCUGUCACGUACGCGGCGCUUCUAUCUUCGACCACUACCGAUACUUCCGUACAAGGACUGCUGGGAGGUCUCUAUUAUGGUGUUGGUAAAGGCGCAGGAAGUUUAACCGGUGGUUACUUGAUGAAAUUCUUUGGCACACGAACUACAUAUCGAAUUUUCGCCGCCGCGACAUUCGUAACGGGAUGUAUAUACUUCCUCUUCAACAGGUUUUGCAUAAGAAAGUUUGUAAAGGAUCGAGAAAACAAUGUUUGUAAGAAGGCCAACAUGUUGGAUGUAGAGGGCGUUGAAACAGUUCAAGGAGACAAAGUAAACUCGGCAACAGAAGGCGCCAAAGACGCAUCCAAGCUAAAUGAAAUGUCAAACUUGGACCGUUUGAAGUUAGUGACUGAUAAUGUAGAUGGCAGUAGUGACUCUGGCGUUGAAAAUCCAGCGUACACAGAGAAUGACGGAUCAGCCUGUGAAAACGUGAAACGGGAAGGGAGCAAAGAAAAAGUGUGAAUUUUAGAAUUAUUUACAUAGCAUACAUUUAAAUCGCAUGUAAGCUUUAAGUUAUUGUUAAGAUGUUUAUUUAUAAUAAAUAUUGUGAAUUUAA